AUGUCUUUUGGCCACGUCAUGACAUCAAGCAGGCAGGGUUUGUCUUCGUACAACCCAUGGCCUAGCCGCAUAGGGAUGAUGACGUCCUCUUUUACAGGGCAGUGGAGCAAACCUGCGACGCCAGACGUGAUUGCUCGUCGUCAUAGAACAACUCAGACUUCAUUCGGUCGACGCUUUAGUACAACGGCGGUCGCACCAAUAAACAAUGACCGGACGAGGAGUUUUAAUACCGAUCAUGCGAAUUAUAGAGGGGCCUUUGAUAUUGACCGAGUACGAGCGGCGCUAGCCGAGGUGUGGCGUCACGAAGAACAGCUCCUUCAGGGUGUUUCGAACAAGUCUACUGUCGCUCGUGUUGAUGCUCCAAGGCAGCGGCAACAAAAAGAGGACACUUCUGGCUCUUCCACUUUGAGCCAAGAACAACAAGCUGUGAAGAUCACCAGUGUGCAGUAUGGUGAUUCACAGGCCAAGUGGCACUAUUUGGAUCGCGAAAUGAGUUCGAAUAUGGCGGGAGAAACGGGUGCUGUGUUUAUCUAUCGCGGUGCCAGAGCAGCGGCAUUGGCCCGAUUGUGGCUGUGGGAACGAGGUCUCGGAUUACUUUCGCAACUUGCCUUAGCAUCACUUUCACAGCAGCAGCUGCGAGAGCGCUUUAUAAACGUGCAACGUCGAGAUCGGCUAAUGCUAGACUUCGUAUCAUCGCAUCUGGAUGCCGAACAAAAACACUUGGAUCUUUUCAAGAACGCUUUCAACGGGCGUCCCUGGAUGCAUACGCGAUUGCUGCCACUCUGGCGUGUAGGCGGGCUCACUCUCGGCUUCACGCCAGCGUUUUUUGGUGGGGGUGUGUGGUUGUAUCACACAGUUGAGGCUGUCGAGACCUUUGUAGAGGGCCACUACAACGAACAGAUCCGAUACCUUCACAACUACAUGGGAAACCAGGUUCCUGUACAGAGUGUACUAUCUUCCCCAAAACAAGGGCAACCUCCAGCUCCGCACCUGAAGCAGGCAGCUCAGGAGGGUAUUCGAGAAGUCGAGAACAAGGUAGACGUAGAAAGCAGCGUGUCUUCAGAAUCUGAAGACGGGAAAAAAACGCUGCGCAAAAAACGAUCAUUCCAACGACAGUCGUCUGUGCGUAGACCGGGAUGGAACGCGAGUCAGGAGAACAGCAAUUACAGGCAGCCUUCUCAGGAAAGCGAUCGGAAUCACCAAGAAGAAAUCGAGAAGAGUAAGACAGAUAUGGCAAGAAAAACCGAUGUUCAUCCUGAGCAUGAACAAGAAGAGAUCACUCCUGAUAAAACAACUGAAGAUAUGUGUACGGCACACUCAGACGUAACUCUAUCUAGUGAAAACGGAACAAUAGUAUCAACAACCCUAGAGGACACUAGAAGGAGCGAGAAUGUCCAGGAGCUCGUGCGGAUGUUGCGAAGUUGUUGCGAGGACGAGAUUCACCAUAAGGAUGACGCGCAAGAGAAGCUCCUAGCGGAAGAUGCGAAAAUACGCCUAUCGCAUCGCUUCUGGCGCUCUGUAGUCUUUCAUGGAAGUGCGACCGCUGCAACAAUCGCGAAGUACGUUUAAUGAAAUUCGUUGUACUUCCUACUUGUAGAAUUCAACGCGCGAUCCUUGUUUGUGUGCAGGAAAGGUUUGGCGUUUAUUGAGGUCGAUGAAUAUUUUUCCAAAAUUAGCGAGAUAUAGUAGGUGGCUAAAUGCUCGUGUAAACGUAAAGAUUAUGGUAACUCGUAUAUGACCACUAAAACUUUGCAUCAGCAUUUUCCGGGUCCAUACUCCAUGCUUUUCUCUAAGUUAGAUCUACUAGUCAGUGUGAUGUACCAUGUCAGAGUCUUUGGCUAUUUGUCAUUGAAAUGGCUUUUGUGAUAAUUUGGAGCUCAACGACGAGCUUCUCCUCUUUACACUUGUGGGCUGUCAAGAAUGCCUCAAGAACAAAUUGUGAAGUUGAAAAUAGACUGUGAUGUGAAGAGCAGCAUACAAAACAUUGUACAAAUUGAAAAUUUAGUCCUAGUCCAAGCCGUUUAGAUUCUCGUCGUUUAUUUCGAGAGAUUCAAAAAAAUGGUUCUUUCAUCUAUUCAAAAUCUUUAAGGAACAAU